AGAGGUUACAAGAAUUAGCUGAAAUGAUAGUAAAUCAUUAAAUUGAACUUCUUUUUGAAAAUAUGAUUAUAUUUAUACGGGUUUGAAUUCGGAUGAAAACGUGGAAACUAGUAACAAUCCAAGCAGAAAUUAUUAAACUACAGUAUAUGUAAAUCAGUGGCCUGCUUUGUUAGUUUCUUCAUCAAAUUUGUCAGUUUGAUUCACAGAGUCAGUAUGAAUACUGAUUCUGUUUGUUUGAUGACAAAAAAAAAAGUAAUUUACUAAAUUAUAUGUAUUUCUUAUUCCAAUCAGAAAUUACUAAACUAUAUGUAAAGUCAGGAGAAUUUCAAGAGAUGACAGAUUUUUUUUGGGACUCAUUUGUUUCUUUCAAAGAGUGCUUUGUUAGUUACUUCAUCAAAUUUAUUUGCUUAAUAAUAUUUAGUAAAUGAUAUGUAUAUCAAUUUUGUUUCAUCCUCUCCCAAAUAGUAAUUCGAUUUGGAUUGCUAAUCUGCUCCAUUGUGACCAUACAUUUAUCAUAAUUCUAUGUAGCGCAAGAUAAUUUAUAUUAUCUCUUUCCAUAUUUUUUGUGUAAUAAUUAUUCAAACUUAAUUUUAAAUUUAAACUCGUAAGCACUGGUAUCCCUAUGGAUUACCUAAGAAAUCUAGCCAAGUGGACAUGUAUAAAAUCUAACAUAUGCACUAGGGCGCAUAUAUAGUUAGGCAUAGAUCAUAGAUUAACAAAGUUGAUUAUUAAAUCGCAAGGGAAAGCAAAGGAAAAGGUCAAUUAAAACUCCAAAUAACAUAUUAACAUGUGAUUGUAUUUUUUUUUUUUGAAACGCUAACAUGUGAUUGUAUAUACACACCUAAUAACAAACUAAUCCAGUCUCAUGUCUUGAUUGCAUACAUAUACUGUAUGUAUAUAUUCCAUUUGAUUUGUGUAUAUAUAUGAGUAUAUGACGCAAACAUCUUGCAACUUAUACCACUUUGUGUUUAUACAUGUACUGUAUAUCGUAAAUUCGUAACGAUGUCGUGUCUAUUUUAUUUUUGGCAUGUUAUUACAUAAUUUGAAUGAUAGGAACGUAUCGUCUGACUACGGUGUAAUAAAAUAAUUUCUUUUCUUUUCUUAAAGAUAAGAGUUGUUACGGAUCAAAGGCACUGGCCAUUAGCUUUUAGAUUCGAGAGUCUCUCACAGCCUCAACUUUUAUUAACAAGUGCUUAUUGUUUAACAAACCCCCACAUGAUAUCAUUUUAUAUUUCCACCACAUUCAAUAAUAUACUGAUUUCUUCCACAUCCACAUUUAAUCAAGAGUUUUUACUAAUUUAAAGCAUAUACAUCUCUAUCAUAAUGAGGUAUAAGCGACUAUAAUCUAUUCAUUUGUCGGUCUUAAACUGUAUUAUAUGUGGUGAUAAAGUUUCAUUGGUUUAUUCACUGUGGUUGUUGCAACGCUUUUUUGUUGCAUCCGAGUCAUUUGACCCCAAAAUUAACAUAUGUGACAUGUCCAUUUUCUUCAAUUUGAUGAUUGCGUUGAAAUGACAUCUUCACGGCUCUCACGCCUCUCACGCCUAACACUUCCAUAACAAAUGCAUUAGCCAAUAUGGCAAUAUAUGCAUGUAUAUAUAUUAUAGAUGUUGUAUAUAAACAAUCUUUUAAUCAUACAUAUACCAUUCUCUUAGUCUAAAAUACACCUUUAUAAAUAAAUAAAAAAUACACCUUAUACACCCUACAUGUAUUUUCGGCUGUAGUACAAUAGCUCGUGUAUGUAACUCGUUUACGAGUUCUAUGUUCGUGUAAUUAUUAUUUUUCUUCGUGUAAUAUAUUGUUUCAGCCUUGCAUAUGUAAAAUAUAUGUUGAAUUAUUUUAGACUAUUUUCUUCAGAUGUAUUUUUUCAUGGUUUAUGUUGUUACGCUAUUUCUAUGUAUAUAUACUGAUAUACAUUUGAGUUCGAACGUGUUAAUUCUUAAUUUCAUAAGUCCUUUUAAUUAUAUAGGACAUGAUACGUUUUAUCAAUAUUUUAACUUUGUUUUACCAAUGGAAUAUACAUAUACGUUUCCUUAACCUAACCAAAUAAAGCCAUUUGUUAUAUUGUUAUAGCCUUCAACUAUAUUAAAUAAAAAUGUCGUCAACUUUAUGCUUAGCAUAUACGUUUCCUCGUCGACAUGUAUUUAUACGUGUAUAUGUAUAAUAUAAUAAGGAUUAGAAUAGUCGAAGGAGAGAAAGACAAAGAUGAUGAGUCACAGAGACGAUUCACCAGCGUAUAAGUAGUUAAUCCAGAAAAAGUAAAAGUAUUCAAUAGAGAAACUACGGCCAAGAAUAUUCACCGGAAAUUUGGAUCGUUAGAGCACUAGAGAAUGGUGCUUUUGCCUGCAUUUUUGGACGGUUUGGCAAGAAGUGUAUCGAUGAAGAAAGGAAAAUAUUUAUCUGAAAAUGAAGAUGGAGGUAAAGAGAUCGCAAAAUCGAUGAUGAAAAAUUCCAAGAAGAACUCGACUUUGCUAGGUUCCUCGGGCUUUGUUAGCUCCGAAACUUCCAAGAGAUUUACCUCUAUAUGUACUAAUAGAGGUGAGAAAGGAAUCAACCAAGAUCGUGCCAUUGUUUGGGAGGGUUUUGGAUGCCAAGAAGACAUAACAUUUUGUGGGAUGUUCGAUGGACAUGGACCAUGGGGACAUAAGAUAACCAAAAGAGUAAAAAAGUUAUUUCCAGCUUCACUGCUUUGCCAGUGGCAACAAACUCUUGCAUCCUUAUCAUCUUCACCGGAAUGUUCCUCUCCGUUUGAUCUUUGGAAGCAAGCUUGCAUGAAAACAUUCUCUAUCAUCGAUCUUGAUCUCAAGAUCCAUCCAUCCAUUGAUUCUUACUGCAGCGGCUGCACCGCUCUCACCGCCAUCUUGCAGGGUGAUCAUCUUGUUGUAGCAAAUGCUGGUGACUCAAGAGCAGUAAUAGCAACAACUUCUGAUGAUGGAGUCGGUUUAGUGCCGGUUCAGCUAUCAGUUGACUUUAAACCGAACAUUCCAGAGGAAGCAGAACGGAUAAAACAAUCGGAUGGACGGUUGUUUUGCCUAGAUGAUGAACCGGGAGUGUACCGGGUAGGCAUGCCAAAUGGCAGAUCGCUUGGUUUAGCUGUCUCAAGAGCGUUUGGAGAUUACUGCCUUAAAGACUUCGGUUUAGUCUCUGAACCGGAGGUGACAUACAGAAAGAUAACCAGCAAGGACCAGUUUCUCAUCUUGGCAACCGAUGGGAUGUGGGAUGUGAUGAAAAAUGAUGAAGCAGUGGAGAUAGUAAGAGGAGUGAAAGACAGAAAAAAGAGCGCAGAGAGAUUGGUAAAGAAAGCUAUGAUGCUUUGGCGUAAGAAGAGAAGCAGCAUCGCCAUGGAUGAUAUCUCUGCUCUCUGUCUCUUCUUUCACCCUUGUUAAUUUAAUUCUUCUUUAACCUCUAAUAAGUAAUAACACAAACAUAUCAAUGUUUUCAGCUUUGACAACAAA